GCAGUAAUCUACUCGGUUCGGAAAACAAUGGGCCUUUCUAAGCUUUUCAUUGCCCUUUUCGUAUUCCAAGUUUUGUUUCCCUGCCACAUGUCAAUCCAAGCAGCUCCUGCAAAUUCAAAUCUCUUCCGAGAAUAUAUAGGAGCCGAGUUCAAUAAUGUUAGAUUCACCGAUCUUCCCAUAAAUUCCGAUGUUGAAUUCCACUUCAUUCUCUCAUUUGCCAUAGACUAUGAGACCUCGGGUUCACCCUCUCCAACAAAUGGGAAGUUCAAUGUCUUCUGGGAUUCUGAUAACCUUAGCCCUUCUCAGGUCUCUGCCAUCAAGAGCCGGAAUUCUAAUGUUAAAGUAGCCUUAAGCCUAGGAGGGGACAGUGUGGGAGAUGGCUAUGCUUACUUCCAUCCUUCCUCUGUGGAUUCCUGGGUUUCCAAUGCGGUUUCUUCUCUCACAGAUAUCAUCCAAGAGUACAACUUGGAUGGAAUUGACAUUGACUACGAGCACUUCCAGGCUGAUCCAGACACUUUUGCGGAAUGCAUUGGUCGCCUUAUAACAACCCUCAAGAAGAAUGGAGUAAUCUCAUUUGCUUCCAUAGCUCCAUUCGAUGAUGAUGAUGUUCAAAGCCAUUACAAGGCCUUGUGGAAGAGCUAUGGUAACCUCAUAGAUUAUGUCAACUUCCAAUUUUACGCCUAUGAUCAAGGAACAACAGUUUCUCAGUUUAUGAAUUACUUCAACACCCAAAGCUCUAACUAUAACGGUGGUAAGGUUCUAGUGAGCUUUAUAAGCGAUGGGAGCGGUGGCUUGUCACCACAAAACGGCUUCUUUACUGCCUGCAGUAGGCUCAAGAGUCAGAACAAACUCCACGGUAUCUUUGUUUGGUCUGCAGAUGACUCUAAGAGAAACGGUUUCCGCUAUGAGAAGCAAUCACAAGCUCUACUUGCAAGUUCCCACUAGUAUUUCUGUGUUUUCUAUCCACUCUAGACCUUAUUUACUUCCUAUGAAAGCACUAAAUACGAAUUAGACUCUAGGGGAUGUACUAUACAAUUUACUACCUGUGUAUUGCUUUCUGUUGUAUAAAUUCUAUUACAUGUAUCUGUUGUCUGCCUUUCUGUGGUAUUAAUGUGCCUUUAAGUUAAUUGCACUUGC